AUGGCUGCCAGCAGCGACGACUUGUUCGAACUCGGGGAUGACGAGUUGAUAGAAUUAGACAUCACCCCAAGCAGGCCUCACAAUGCUGCCGAGCCGUCUUUGUUCCUCCCGAGUCCUUCGGCACCUCCAGCGUUUCCUCCUCCCCGUCCCAGAUCUCGCCAAACCGCUCGCCCUAAUGCGGGACGCCCGAUAAGAUCUCGACGAAGCAGAGCGCCCCAACCGCAUCCCGAUCAUCAUUUACGCAAUAUACUGGCACCGGAACUGCCCCAGCCAGCACCCGUCAUCGAUCUUACAGAAGAGCCGGAUUCGCCAGUACAAUCGCGAGCGAGAGCCCCAUCGGUACAAACGUCACAGAAUACGAGAAACCCCCGAAGAACGAACUCGCAACGUAUAUCGCCGCCUCAGUUGGCGCGAACGGACGGGACAUUUGUCGGCCGGUCGGCAAACGUCAUUGACCUUACUCUGGACUCUCCCGAAGAAGAGCGGCCUUCACGACAUCAUCCCCAUGCGCGUAUGUUUGCCAGGUCCGACGAGCUUAUUGAGCUGGAGUUCCUAGCCCAACAACCAAUUCAAAAUUUUACAUUUGGCCCGUUGAGGAGACUGGCUGGCAUCCUGGGUGUGGGUGCUGGAUUUAACCCGCCUACCCUUGACAUUUCACGCAAUGCUUUCGCUCGCCCACCUAGUCCCAAGCCACGCAUGGAUACGCCUCCGCCGGCCCGAGAAGGCUUCACCCGCAACACCUGCGCUGAACCUGAGAAGGAGUCUGAAAGCGUGGUUAUCUGCCCGGCUUGUAACGAGGAACUUGCUUAUGACCCUACAGGGAGUGUGACGCAGAGCGCGGUUGGUACUACGAAAGGGAAGCGCAAACGAGCACCUGGAGAGCAUCACUUCUGGGCUCUAAAGAAGUGCGGACAUGUCUACUGUGCCGAUUGCUUUGAAAAUAGAAAACCCACCAAAACGAAACGUGACGGUGUAGGCUUCCGAUCUCCAGACGGAAGGCCUCCGCAUGCUGCAGCUAACGACCUCCGUUGUGCUGUUGACGAUUGUGACUCCAAAGUGUCUGCUAAAACGGAGUGGGUCGGAAUUUUCCUCUAG